CAGUGGCGGCGCGGUUCGAAAACGUGUAAGCCAAUCGUGUCGCUUCCAGCCAUUAGGUUGAGUUCGUGGCACGCCCUACGUCCCCUACGACUUCCUUCUUUCCGGGAUUCUCUGCAAGGAAGGAUGGCGCAGAACAAUUAUUUCGGAUUUACUCACGGCGGAACUCAAUAUGGGGCGACCAGCGGAUACGCAGUGACGCCAGCGGCACAAGCCGUCCAAUCCUACGACGCUGCUAAGACUUAUUAUCAGCAACCAGCCGCUGCAGCCGCCGCUGGUACCUACGCCGCUAAUCCAGGCACUGUGCCACAAACCUACGACUACGGUUACGGUCGAGCAGCUCCAGCUGCAACUUACGACGCUACCAAGACUUACUAUCAGCAACCAGCUGCUGCACCCGCGACCUACACUACAACAGAAACUCAUUAUCAGGCUGCAAAGCCCGCUUAUAGUACGACAAGUGCCUACACCGGCGCUCCUAGACAAGCCACAACAACCGGACCAGCCAAAACUUAUCAGGCAUCUAGCACAGCUUAUCAGCAACCCAAUCCCGCACAGGCUGCAACAUAUUCAUCUGGAUAUACCGCGCCACCAACGCCAGCCGCUCCACCGGCAAACGCAGCAAAUAAAACGGCGAGUACGACGUACUCAGGCUACGACGCGGCGCUCUACAGCGCUGCGACCAUGUACGUAGCCCAGCAGACAGCAAAUACCAAUUCCACCAACCAGAAGACGGGCGGUUGGCAGGGUUAUGGUGGACGAAAGGGAUUUGGCGCAGGUGGCGGUGGAAUGAAGCCAAUGCGUCCGAAACAGCCACCCAAGCCCCAGCAGCUCCAUUACUGCGAUGUCUGUAAAAUCAGCUGCGCUGGACCGCAGACAUAUCGCGAGCAUCUUGAGGGCCAGAAGCACAAGAAGAAGGAAGCGUCGCUCAAGGUUCCACAGCAGCCACCAGCGCGCGGCGCCGGAAAUUCACUUCGCUGUGAGCUCUGUGAUGUGACUUGUACCGGAAAUGAUGCUUACGCGGCUCACAUUCGGGGCGCCAAACAUCAGAAGGUUGUCAAGUUGCACACAAAACUGGGAAAGCCAAUUCCGAGCGCUGAUCCAACUGUCUUGAAUCCAAAACCUGCGGCGGCGGCGGCGGCGGCUGCUGCUAAAACCACCGGAAAGAAAGGCACGGUCACGGCUACUCCUAAAAUCAACUUUGUUGCUUCUGGAAAUCUUGGAACGGUAAACGCAGCUCAAGCUGAAGCGAAGGCUGACGAUGGAAAUGACGACGGUGGCGAUGAUUCCAAUGUCGAUGACAAGGACAUUCAGCCGGUUGGCCAGGAGUACAUUGAAGAGAACAAGUCCGAGGAUGGAAAGAUUAUCAGCUUCAAUUGCAAGCUAUGCGAGUGUCGUUUCAAUGACCCGAAUGCCAAAGACAUGCACAUGAAGGGUCGUCGUCACAGGUUCGCCUACAAGAAAAAGGUCAAUCCCGACCUGGUUGUCGACAUGAAACCGAGUCUCAAGCAGAGGAAGAUGCUCGAGGAGAAGUUGCGCCGACAGCAGGUGCGGGAGGAGUAUAUGCGUCGUCGGGAGGAAAUUAAUCAGAUGGGUCCGAUGGGACCGAUGGGUCCGAUGAUGGACGACGAGAUGAUGUACUGGGAGGAGAGACGUCGCUACGAGGAAGAGUGCGAGUAUUACGAGUGGUAUCGUCGCUACGGCCGAGGACCUGGUGCACCGCCAAUCCCACGACCUUUUCCGGGACCACCGCCGAUGAUGAUGUUCCCGGGACCACAGAGACGUCCUGACUCGUCUGAUGACAAGCAUGUCCUCGCUCAUCAUUCGACGAUCUAUCCCAAGGAGGAAGAACUGCAGGCAGUUCAGAAGAUUGUUUCACACACGGAGAAGGCGCUCAAGUUUGUGUCGGACGCUUUGGCUGAGGGUGGCAAGAAACCGGUUGUUGCUGGUGCUGCUAAUAAUACGGCAGCUGUCGUCGCACCUGCUGCGCCUGCUGUUGUUGCUCAGGCUAAUAAUGCCGAUGGCGUGAAGAAGGAGGGCGACGACAAGAAGAAGAAUGCUGCUGCGGCAGCGGCGGCUGCUGCUGCUGCAGCAGCUGCUAUUCCACCGCAGAAGGAGGAUGGAAGCGAUGGGAAUUUGUUUUCGUUCCAGAAGGAGAAGGAGGACGCGAGAAUUCUGCGUGGAGUUAUGAGAGUUGGAAAUUUGGCGAAAGGUCUUUUACUUUCGGGCGACAAUCAUGUAUGUCUUGUAGUUCUCUGUGCUGAGAAACCGACCAGGACUCUUUUGAACAAAGUUGCCGAGAUUUUGCCAGCUCAGCUGAAAAUUGUUGCUCCAGAAGAUACGUACAAUGUAGGAAAACAUCCAGAAUCGGCGGCUUUGACUGUUUCUGGUGGAUCGGUGACUGUCAGCGUAACACUCACGAGUCCUUUGAUGCGCGAUGCUAUCAAACCGGCAACUCCAGCAGAUAAUGCUGGACAGCAGCAACAGGGAGCUGCUCAACCGCAAACAACGCCCGCAACACCGGCUGUGACCAAACCAGAUCCGCCAGAUGUACUUCCCAAGGCUAAGUGUUUGGAGGCUUUAGCUGCACUCAGGCAUGCCAAGUGGUUUCAGGCUAGAGCAACCUCAUUGCAGAGCUGCGUAAUGGUAAUACGCAUAAUGCGUGAUCUGUGCAAUCGUGUUCCAACUUGGGGGCCAUUGAACUCAUGGGCGUUGGAGUUGUUGACUGAGAAGGUGAUCAGCACCGCUGGCGGGCCACUUAGUCCAGGAGAAGCUUUGAGACGACUGCUAGAAUGUGUGGCAGGAGGAAUUCUGCUCCCUGGAGGACCAGGCUCCUUACUUCCAGGAUUGUCCGAUCCUUGUGAAAAGGAUCCAACCGAUGCAAUAGGAACCAUGACGGCUCAACAAAGAGAAGACAUCACUGCUUCGGCCCAGCAUGCACUCAGGCUAGUGGCUUUCCGGCAAAUUCACAAAGUCCUCGGGAUGGAACAGCUUCCGCCACCGAAAUACAAGGGACGCUUUGCUCGCAAACGACGACGCGACAAUAGCAACGGCGAGGGAACCGACAACGAGGCUUCAAAGAAGGACAAGAAAGCCGAGGAAAUCAAGAUGGAGACGGAUUCUAAGUAGAUCCAUCCCCCUACCAAAACAUUCAAUUUACUGAUUAAGUAUAACUUAUCUACCGUAAGAAAAAAAAAAACAGAAACAAAAAAGAAAGAAUUUUCCUCGAAUCAAUGGCUUGUUCGCUGAGGUCACAAAGGGAGAAUCCAAUGAUCUCGAAGAAUCGGCAGCGACGAUUCUCUAUCUUAAGAAACCGUUUUUUAAAAUAAAAAAUAAAAACUGUUUUUUAAAUCAAUAUAAGGGAGAAGAAAGAGCAACUUUAAAAAAAAAAAAAAACUGUUUUGAAAGAGAGUUUAAAAGCAUAAUUUGAAAGUAACGCAUUUUCCGUGAUCUUUUAAAACAGGCCAUUGACUCGGUUCAAUAGCUCUAGGAUUAUUUCCUCGAAUGAAUUUGAUAGAAUGCUGCAUUGGAUAGUUUGGAUUACAUAUUUAGCUCUAUACUUAAAACAAAAUCUGGGCACGAUUAAGGGGAGUUGUGAAAAUUCCGAAGGGGGAGAAAAAAAUGAUGAUGAUGAGCGGCGAAGGCGAAGAUUUGUAAGUUUUUGAAAGCUAAAAAUGUAGAGACAACCAUUUGUAUCGAAACUCCAUGUGUAUGUUGUGUGUGUAGUCGUACAGAAACGAAAACGAAAAAAAAAAAAAAUGAAACGUUUGCUCUAGUAAGAUUUCGACGAUAGAGACUAAUUAGCAUGUUUCACUCUGCAAAAAUAUUGCAAGACUUUUUUUUUCCUUUCUUUUUAGAUCCAGCUUCUGAGUUUUUUGACGUUCACCGAGAUUUUUCAUAUAUAUAUAAUAAUAAUAAUAAUUUUAAAACGCGAACAAUUUUCCUAUCAAUUUGACGUUACUAUUAGUUGAAAAAAGAAGCCCUUUGGAAAAGAAAAAAUAUUAAAAUAAUCGUUAAUAAUUGAUAAUAAUGAAUAGUUGAAAACUUGUUCGUGGUCACAUCGACAAGAUUUCUUCGACACGGUGUAUUGUUCUCCUCUUGUAUUUUCCAACUUUGAUUGAAUAAACCAAACGUGUAUUUCA